UUACUUCAUAGCUUUUUGAAGCGAAAGAGUUUCCACUUCACGAUGUCAAGUAUUGAGUCGUGACUGUUUGUUGAAUCACGUGAUGACGGAGGAGCAGAGUGGAGACCCUGAUGGAGGAGCACUGUCUGUGGAGGACGAAGAGGUGGGAAACGAGAGCCCGACAGAGAUGGCUUCUUUAGACACGGAGGAGGAAGAUGAGGAGGCUCUCCCUCACUCAGAGAUCCUGGAUAUUUUCGAGGAGGGACUUGCUCGACUUGUGCAAGACCCUUUACUCUGUGAUCUGCCAAUUCAGGUGACUCUGGAGGAAGUCAAUUCUCAGAUUGCUUUGGAGUAUGGCCAAGCGAUGACUGUGAGGGUUUUAAAGGCAGAUGGAGAGAUAAUGCCCAUAGUGGUGGUGCAAAAUGCCACUGUGCUUGAUCUGAAGAAGGCCAUCCGCAGAUUCAUGGAGCUGAAACAGCAGCGUGAAGGUGGAGUUAAACACGUCAGCUGGAGAUAUGUUUGGAGAAAUUAUCAGUUAACUUUUCAAGGUGAAAAGCUUGAAGAUGACAAGAUGGGGCUCAAAGACUACGGGAUCAGAAACAGAGAUGAAGUGACGUUCAUGAAGAGACGCAGGAAAAAAUGAAAUGUCACAGCCAACGCUUGUCACGUCACGGAAAUACACCAGUUCCCGUGUGCACUGGUUCUACUUGUCUCGCAGACUGUACAUUAGUUUCACAAAUAAUGGUUUUUGUAUUUUGGACUUGUUAUUUUAAUUGUCUUGGGGCACAUUUUAAACUGAGCGUGUCACUCAAAGAGGCUCCAUGUAAAUAAGAUAUCUGGAGAUGUUACGCCUCCAGAUAUCUGUGUGCCGUGGUUUUGUAUAGUUUUCUGCUAACAUUAAAACAUAUGACAUUGUUUUAUUAA